AGAGAAAGCUUAAGAAUUUCAUCGCCCGAGAGAUGAGCAUCAGUGAGUCAUAUCCACCGGCUUUCCGGCGUGUAAUCAACGACGGAGAUCCUCUAGCAACGGCGGAGGCUGAAUCGGUUCUUGUCCAGGGCAAGGAUAUCAAUAUCCCGGCUAUCGAUAUGGAACGUUUGGACAAGGAGAUACUGAGAGAGGCAUGCAAGGAGUGGGGAAUAUUCCGUCUUGAGAAUCACGGAGUACCGUUGGCGUUAACGUCACGGCUUCAAGAAAUCUCGGAGUCAUUACUGAGUCUUCCGUUCGAGAACAAACGGGAAUUGUUCGCCGCCGUUAACUCUCCGUUAUCGUAUUUCUGGGGAACGCCAGCUCUAAAUCGUUCGGGAGAUGCACUGAAGAGAGGAGCUCAAGCUUCAAACGUAGCCAUGCUCGAAGGUUUCAACGUUCCUCUCUCGUCUCUCUCGAAUCUUCCAACUUCUACUUCUUGCGAUAAUGAUGCUGAUCAAGAGCCUAAACUCGAGUCUUUCAGAGUGUUGAUGGAGGAAUAUGGAAGGCACAUAACUAGAAUUGCUGUGUCCUUGUUCGAAGCUAUAGCACAAACACUAGACCUAGAAUUAUCCGGUAACCGGAGAUCAGAAUACUUAUCGGAAUCGACAGGGCUCAUGCGGGUUUAUCGGUAUCCACGGAGCUCCUACCAAGCAGCCGGAGAAGCUCUAGGAAUGGAAGUCCACACGGACAGUUCGGUUAUCUCAAUAUUAAAAGAAGAUGAAAGUGGUGGGCUUGAGAUAAUGAAAGGUGAAGAAUGGUUCUGUGUAAAGCCUGUUGCUAAUACUCUCAUUGUUAAUCUUGGAGAUAUGAUGCAGGUGAUAAGCGAUGAUGAGUACAAGAGUGUGACACAUAGAGUGAAGAAGAAGAAUUGGAAGACAGAGAGACACUCAGUGUGUUAUUUUGUGUUUCCAAAGAGAGAUUAUGUGAUAAAGUCAUCAAACUAUAAGCCAUUCGCUUACUCAGAGUUUGAAGCUCAAGUUCAGGCUGAUGUUCAGUCUCUUGGAACCAAGAUUGGCCUUCCUAGAUUCAACCCAAAUUCUCCAUUGUUUCUCUGACCGUGUCUGAAAAUUUAGUAUCUUUAUAUUUGUUUAACAUACUCUGGAUACUAAAGUCAGCAAAAGUUUGUAACUUGUCUCAUCGUAUUAAUAUCAUGUGGUGCAAUUGGAGCUCGAGGUAUGGGAUCCGGUUUGCUUUGAUUCUUAUUUUACUAGUUUUAUAUAAAUUGAGACCAUUCAU